GGUCAGAACACCCCGUUUGGCCGCAGAACAGUCGCUGCUCCCUCUUGAGUGUAGAACGCCUUUGGAGGGUUCCAGAAGAAGGUGGCUGACCCGGAGCCAAAGUCAUAUUUCAUUAUCAUGGCUUCAGAUGGAAAAGGGUUAAGAAACAACGAGAUUUAAUUUGGGAUGAAGAUAGAGGUGAUGAUAAUAGGUAAGAGUCUACAGGUUAUUUUCAAACAAAGGAAACUGGUUUGAGGAAAUUUAAUGUGCUGUCAGCAUUGGAAUUUAUUACCUGUUACAAUCAAGAUUUGUAGACUACAAAAAAUCUUAAGUUUUCACCUAUAAAUUAAUCCCAAGAUAAUUUCAGAAUGUCCAGCAAGGAAGUGAAGACGGCUCUAAAAAGUGCUAGAGAUGCAAUCAGGAACAAAGAAUACAAAGAAGCUUUGAAGCACUGUAAGACAGUGUUGAAACAAGAGAAGAAUAACUAUAAUGCCUGGGUUUUUAUUGGUGUUGCUGCGGCUGAGCUAGAACAACCUGACCAGGCCCAGGGGGCCUAUAAGAAAGCUGCAGAGCUAGAGCCAGACCAGUUGCUUGCGUGGCAGGGAUUAGCAAGCCUGUAUGAGAAAAGUAGUCACUUAAAUGCUAAGGAUGACUUGCCUGGUGUUUACCAAAAGCUUCUGGAUCUUUAUGAAAGUGUUGACAAGGCAAAGUGGUGUGAUGUCUGUAAGAAACUCGUGGAUCUCUAUUACCAAGAAAAGAAGCACCUAGAGGUGGCUCGAACAUGGCACAAACUGAUCAAGACACGGCAGGAGGAGGGUGCGGACGAUCGAGAGCUUCACCAGCUGUGGAGGAAACUGACUCAGUUGCUGGCCGAGAGGACAGAGGAUCAGAACAAUGAAACCCAGCAGUUGCUUUUAACUGCAUUUGAGAAUGCACUGGACUUAACAGAGAAGAUUCCUAGUGAAGAUCAUCAAAUGCUUUAUAAGCAUUUCAUUCAUUGUUUAUCCAAAUUUCCUCAUGAGUCUGCCAGGCUGAAGAAGGCCUGUGAAGGAAUGAUAAACAUCUAUCCCACUGUGCAGUAUCCAUUAGAAGUUCUUUGCUUGCACUUAAUUGAAUCAGGAAAUCUUACUGAUGAGGGACAGCAGUAUUGUUGUAGACUAUUAGAAAUGGAUUCAAAAAGUGGUCCAGGCCUUAUUGGCUUAGGCAUAAAAGCACUGCAAGACAAAAAGUAUGAAGAUGCUGUCAGGAACCUAACAGAAGGGUUAAGGGAAAGUCCCCUCUGCACAACCGGAUGGUAUCAUCUGGCAGAAACCCAAGUCAAAAUGCAUAGACCUAAGGAAGCUGUUCUUUCAUGCAAUGAAGCUUUGAAGAGCACAGAGAAUGCUGGUGCCUCUCCGAGCAGCCUUCAACAGAAGAAUCAGUGUCUUCGUUUGAAAGCAGAGGCUUUGGUUCAGGUUUCGGAUAGCGACUCUUCAGAGGAGGCAGUCCGCACCCUGGAGCAGGUUUCUGAUGCAAAUAAUAUUCCAGGCCUUCUGGUUCUCAAAAGCUUGGCCUAUCUGAACAAAGGCUCAGUAGAUGAAGCUACAAAGAUUAUGGAAGACCUCCUCUCCUCUUAUCCUGACCUUGCUGAAGUUCAUGCCCUUGAGGCUUUAAUUCAUUUUACCAAAAAGGACUACCUACAAGCCGAAAAAUGUUUUCAGCGAGCGCUGGAGAAGGAUGCUGACGUGGCCGCAUACCAUUACCAGCUGGGGUUAACGUAUUGGUUCAUGAGUGAAGAGACAAGAAAAGAUAAAACAAAGGCUCUCACCCACUUUCUGAAGGCUGCAAGACUGGACACAUACAUGGGCAAAGUCUUCUGCUAUUUGGGUCAUUACUACAGAGAUGUGGUGGGAGAUAAGAACAGAGCCCGUGGGUGCUACAGGAAGGCGUUUGAACUGGACGAUGCUGACAGUGAAGCGGGAGCCGCUGCAGUUGACCUGAGCGUGGAGCUGGAAGAUGUGGAAACUGCCCUAGCUGUCCUAACAGCAGUAACUCAGAAGGCAAGUGCUGGAACAGCAAAGUGGGCCUGGCUCAGGCGUGGACUGUACUACUUGCGAGCCGGUCAGCAUUCUCAAGCAGUGGCUGAUUUACAGGCAGCAUUAAGGGCAGACCCGAAGGACUUCAAUUGCUGGGAGUCACUAGGAGAAGCAUACUUAAGCAGAGGAAGCUAUACGACAGCCUUGAAAUCCUUCACAAAAGCCAGUGAGCUGAACCCGGAAUCCAUAUACAGUGUGUUUAAGGUUGCAGCAAUACAGCAAAUCUUAGGCAAAUACAAGGAGGCUGUAGCACAAUACCAGCUGAUCAUUAAAAAGAAAGGAGAUUAUGUGCCUGCUCUGAAAGGCUUGGGUGAAUGCCAUUUGAUGAUGGCCAAAGCAGCUCUGGUGGAUUAUCUCGAUGGGAAAGCUGUGGACUACAUAGAAAAAGCACUGGAAUAUUUUACUUGGGCCCUGCAGCAGCGAGCUGAUGUGUCCUGCCUCUGGAAGCUGAUUGGUGAUGCCUGCACCAGCCUGUAUGCUGUCUCACCAUCCAAAGUGCACAUUCAUGUUGUAGGAGUCCUGCUCGGUCAGAAAGAAGGAAAACAAGUAUUAAAGAAAAGUGAGCUCCUCCAUCUUGGAGGAAGGUGUUAUGGUCGCGCAUUGAAACUAAUGUCCACAUCUAAUACAUGGUGUGACCUUGGGAUUAAUUACUAUCGCCAAGUACAACAUCUAGCAGAAACAGGCAGCAGCAUGAGUGAUCUUGAAGAGCUGCUGGAGAAAUCUUUACAUUGUCUGAAAAAGGCAGUGAGACUUGACAGUAAUAACCACCUGUACUGGAAUGCUCUUGGUGUGGUUGCAUGUUACAGUGGUAUUGGAAAUUAUGCCCUGGCUCAGCACUGCUUCAUCAAAUCAAUCCAGUCCGAACAAAUUAAUGCUGUUGCAUGGACCAACUUGGGAGUGUUGUACCUUGCAAAUGAAAACAUUGAGCAAGCUCAUGAAGCUUUCAAAAUGGCUCAGUCCCUUGAUCCAUCUUACUUAAUGUGCUGGAUUGGACAAGCUCUUAUUGCAGAGACGGUUGGAAGCUAUGAUACCAUGGAUCUCUUCAGGCACACCACAGAGCUCAGUAUGCAUACUGAGGGAGCAAUAGGUUAUGCAUAUUGGGUCUGCACAACACUGCAAGAUAAAAGCAACAGAGAAACAGAACUGUACCGGUACAACAUCCUCCAGAUGAAUGCUAUUCCAGCGGCACAAGUUGUUUUGUGUAAAUACAUAGAAAGAAUUCAGAAUUAUGCUCCAGCCUUCACAAUGUUGGGUUACCUGAAUGAACACCUGCAACUGAAAAAGCAAGCAGCAGAUGCAUACCAGAGAGCAAUUUUGUUGUCUGCAGAAGACAAAGAUACGUACAAUGUUACUGUAAGACAUUAUGGUAGAUUGUUAUGUUCCAUUGGUGAAUAUGAUAAAGCUAUCCAGGCUUUUAAGUCAACACCUCUGGAAGAGUUAGAAGACAUCGUAGGUUUCGCAUUGGCUUUAUUUAUGAAGGGGCUAUAUAAAGAGAGCAGCAAAGCUUAUGAGAGAGCCUUGUCUAUUGUUGAAUCAGAGCAAGACAAAGCCCAUAUCUUGACAGCUCUGGCGCUAGCAGAAUAUAAACAAGGAAAACUGGAUGUAGCCAAGACAUUGCUAUUUAAAUGCUCUAUCUUAAAGGAGCCGACCACCGAAAGCCUUCAAGCCCUGUGUGCCCUCGGCUUGGCCAUGCAGGAUGCUACCCUGUCCAAAGCAGCCCUGAAUGAGCUACUGAAGCACGGCAAGCACAGAGGCAGUGAUUACCAGAGGUGCCUUCUGACGUCAGCGAUCCAUGCACUCCAGGGCCGCAGCGUGGCAGUGCAGCGACAGGCGUCCAAGGCUGUUCACAGUAACCCAGCUGACCCUGCUCUUUGGUCCCUGUUGGCCCGUGUUGUUGCUCAGCAUGCCCAACGAAAUGCAAAGGGAGGCGCUGUAGCAGGAAAUGUGGCCCAUAUUCUGGACUCACAUCAUGGGAAGAAGGCGUUACUGUACACUGCAGCCAACCAGCUGGCGAUGGGAAGCAGGUCAGCGGAAGAUGAAAAAAAUGUUGCUCUAAAGACCAUUCAGAAGGCAGCGCUGCUCUCUCCAGGUGACCCUGCUGUGUGGGCAGCACUCAUGGCAGCCUGUCACGCUGAUGAUAAACUGGCUCUUGUGAACAACACUCAUCCAAAGAGGAUGGAUUUAUACUUGGCACUGUUAUCUGCUGUUUCUGCUUCAAUUAAAGACAAAGAAUUCCUUGAAAAUUACAAGCAAUCUCUUGAAACGUGGUCUCUGUCACAAGCUGUCACCGGUCUAGUGGACACUGGACGAACAGCUGAAGCCGAAGCUCUCUGCACAAAGAAUCUAAAAAGUAACCCUGAUCAGCCAGCUGUUAUUCUACUCUUGAGACAAGUGCAGUGUAAACCACUCCUGGAGGCACAAAAGCAGCUCCCGGACGCUGUGCUAGAAGAACUGCAGAAAGCAGUCGUGUCCAACUCAACCUCUGUUCCGGCUUGGCAGUGGCUGGCGUACGUGUAUCAGUCCCAGGGAAUGAUGAGCGCUGCAGAGAUGUGUUACAGGAAGAGUCUACAAGUGGCGUCCCAGCAGGGCAGCUGGAGCGGGAAGCUCUCGAGUCUACUGAGACUAGCCCUGCUUGCAUUAGAAGUCUGCAGGGCUAAUAUUUCCGGUGACCACUGGCCAUCCUUGGUUCAAGAGGCUACUGCUGAAGCCAUGAAACUUUGCUUUUGUCCACUGGCUGUUCUUUUGCAAGCCUUGUUACAGUUCAGCCGCAAAAUGGGGGCGAGAGAGACACGGCGACUUUUGGAGAGAGUGGUGUACCAGCCUGGGUAUCCCAAAUCUGUUGUAUCAACUGCACGUUGGUAUCUGCUGAGACACUUACAUGCCAAAAAUGAUGACGAGCUCAUUGAAGUGCUGGUCAAGAAUGCUGAAACUCACAGAGAUACAAGGGCAUUGAAACUGCAUCAGAAAUUAUCCUCACAAUAACAGCUGAGAAGCAAAGAAAAAGGCUGUACAAAUGAAGCAGUGAAUCAGGACCUCCCCAAAGCACCAUUUUUUUCUAAAAAAAAAAAAAAAUCAUCAUCAUCAUCUAUUUCUUUUCUUUUUUUUUUAAUCUAAAGAAUUUAAAGUUCUUAAGUUAGGGAUGUAGCUUUCCGUUAACUGUUUACCUAAUUUUAAACUGAAAGCGUCUUUGAUUUCAGAAGUCCACAGUGCAAGGAAGUCCACGAUGCGCUGGGUUGCUCACCAGUUAUUUCUAAACCAUGGCUUCCUGCUUGUGCAUGGUGCACAGAAUCUUUCUUUAAGCCCUUACAGUAAAGCCUUAAUAGCCACUUUCUAAAUAAUCUGCAAAAGCAGAUUAGUGCAAUGAAGAAUUUCCAUUUAUUAAAUUCAGUUAUUUUUUCUUAUAAAUUCUGGAGUUCAGACCAAGUCACCAUAAAAUCCAAAUAAUCUUCUAACUUAUUUUGCUAGUGAUUCAUUCAUCUCAGAUUCUAUUGAAGAAGCAUAAGAGUUGAAAGCACUCAGGUGCGUGGCUGCAUUUAAUGGAAAACAAUGCUAUCGAUGUUUACUCAAUCAUGCAUUUCCUUCAAUUAUGAUGAAAAACUUGAACUUUCUGAAAUAAAGUACAGCGUCUUACUUCCUUUAUAGUAUCAGUAUGCGAAUACUUUAAAUUUCAAAUUUUAAAACUUGAAAGCGUAGUUAUCUAUUUUUUUCAUAAAGCCUUUUACAUAUUUAAAGAAACUAUAUGCUGCUUAUUUUGGAUUUAUGAUUUUAAAAAUGUGGACAUUUACAUGUUAUUUAUUAUACAAAGAUAGGUGGUUAUAUAAUCUAUGUGAAUGGUUUUUCUGAAACUACAGGUUUACGGUGUUAACUUCUGAGCUAACAUAAACUGAUAAUCUGUAAUUAAAUUGUAUUUCAAAGGUUAAUCUAUUGAGCUGUAAUCUGAUGUUUCCGAAAUUUGGCUAACCUUAAUAACCAUUCAGACCUAGGUAACCAGUCUUUGCAGAUGAGAGGGCCUAGGACUGCGCGCUCCAAAGGCAUGCCUAAGAAAGUCUGGUAUUUGUGCAGCGAUUCUUCCCUUCCUUCUGUAGCAAGAUUAAGCACACUCCAUUCUCUGUGUCUUCCUUACCCUCACAGCUGGCUGCUUUUAAUGGCCUGGCCCUUAGCCAAAGGUGCCCUGUGUGCGAGGCUGCCUGUGCAGCCUGGUGCCCAGGAAAACACCCCAGCCAUUUCCCAGAGCACGGGCUGGCUCCGUCCACUAAGUGCUUCGGGUUGGUUCUUGGCCUCCGUCUGCUUUCUGGUGUCACCUGCUUCGCCAGGGUACUUCCAUGGGAGCGUGGACUUGGUUAGCCUCGGCCCCAGGCCCACAAGUCAAGGGGUAACCUUUUGACUUCCGUGCCAAAUUCCCACUGCCAGGGGCCUCAGACCCAGGCUUUGUAGAGAGGAGAGCUGGGACGACACCUCCACUAAACCACCUGAGGUCAUUCUUUCCUGAGUUAUGUGCACAUACCCUUUCUUAACCCUGGUGUGUCAGCUUCUCUUCAGAUUGUUUUAUGCCAGACUAGGCUGAGUGUCCAUAGGAUAGUCACUUAAUACUGGCUUACAAAGGAGAAUGGUGCUAAACAGUGUCUUAAAGCAGAGGAAGUGUGAAAUGCAUCCAGCAUCACCGGAUUCUAGGAACUCUAAAAGUGGCCUGCAUUUCCCUGCAGUUUAUACAUACGAGUCAUUUGAGGAAUUCAAUUAAAGGUUAUUUCCUGAAGAACCAA